AUGCCAGUAUCUUCAAACUCUUCGUCGUGUCGGUCACCCGCACGUCACGCUACUAAGGACGAGCUGGUCAAAUUCAUCUCAGGCAAUGCGGAGGUAUCCGUGAUGGUGGUGGCGGCUACUGAUCUGGUCAAGGAGGCUCAGACACGGCACGGCAUGGCUCCCACUGCUAUAGCAGCACUGGGGCGGCUCCUCAUGGGGACGCUGCUGCUGGGAGCGAUGAAGGGGCCUGACGAAUCCGUGCAAGUCACAGUGAACGGACGGGGGCCUAUUGGGCAGAUUACGGCCGUUUCAGCGGUGCAUGGGGAGGUGAAAGGGUUCGCCGUGAACCCCCUGGCCGACCCACCUCUCAACUCCAAGGGCAAGAUGGACGUGGGAGGUGCAGUGGGCAAGGGAGUGCUCAGCGUCAUUCGAACCCAUCCCUCCUGGCAGUCACCUUACACUGGCACUGUGCCACUGGUGUCAGGGGAGAUCGCAGAGGACUUGGCAAAUUAUCUGGCGGAGAGUGAGCAGAUCAACUCUGCCAUGGGGCUGGGAGUGGCGGUGGGCAAAGAUGGCAUUGUCAGGGCAGCAGGCGGGUUCCUUGUUCAAGUCCUUCCCUUCUGCUCGGACGAGACGCUAGACAAGCUAGAGGCCAACGUCCAAUCACUGGGCGCCAUGUCAGAUGCGGUGCAGCGCAUGGAUGCAGUGGCUAUAGCCCAUCAUCUCUUGCGGGGGCUGGAUCCCGAACCUGUCAUAGAUCCGAUCGUGCCUACGUUUGGCCCAUGUGGUUUGGAAGAUUUGAAGCCUCGCAUGCUUAGAGCUGUGGAGUCACUAGGAGCUGAGGACGUGAAAAAACUCAUUGAGGAGAGAGGGACGGUGGAGGUUCGGUGCGAGUUCUGUGCAGAGAAGGUAGACUUUACAGAGGAAGAUUUGCACGAUCUUCUUGUGAAAGCAGGAAAGGAAAUUUUGGAAUCAGCAGCAAUGGCGAAUCAAGAGGAGGUCUGGGAGAGGGAUCCCGUUUUCAAAAAGCUACGAGCAAAAGCCGAGAACAAGAUGUGCUUUGACUGCAAUGCCAAGAACCCUACAUGGGCAUCGGUCACUUACGGAGUCUUCAUAUGCCUCGACUGCUCAGCAAUGCAUCGCAGCCUCGGCGUGCACGUCAGCUUUGUCAGGUCGACAACUCUUGACGGCUGGAACGUAGAGCAACUGAAGAUGAUGUCCUUCGGAGGAAACGGCCGAGCGCGUGCCUUCUUCAAGCAGCACGGCUGGACGGACGGAGGCAAGAUCGAACAAAAGUACACCUCAAGAGCCGCCGAUCUCUACCGGCAGCUUCUCGCGAAGGAAGUCGCGAAGAGCUUCGCCGGCGUACAGACGUCCCUCCCUUCGCCAACAUCGUCUAGCCAAACAGCUGCGAAUGGUGGUGCUGCAGCGGCAGCACCGGCUGAUGAGGAGACCCCGGCUCCUGCCGCUGCUGCCCCUGCUCCUGCUGCUGCAGCGUCGCGAGUGUCUCCCGUUACAAGGAAGACGACGAGCAUAACUGCGAAGAAAACGACCACAAAGUCGUCCGGCCUUGGCGUUAAGAAGCUCACGACGAAGCCGAACGACAGCCUGUACGAGCAGAAGCCAGUAGAGGCACCGGUCAAGGUGGGCGUGGUGGAGCACAAGGCGUCGCGCUUCACGUACAACGAGGCGUCCUCCUCGCAGCCCGGCACUGGGUCGGGCAGAGGCGGCCACGUAGCGGCGCCCGCGGCAUCUGGAGACUUUUUCAACGACUUCUCGGGAGGCAUCAGGGCUGUUCCCAGUAACCGGCCUAAGCCCCCACCUCAGCCGAUUGAGGAGUCGGACGAAGCUCGCAGGAAGUUUGCAGGGGCGAAGGCGAUCUCGUCGCAGCAGUUCUUUGAACGGGACAACAAGGAGCUGCAGGCGCAGAACCAAGAGCGGCUGCAGAAAUUCCAGAACUCAUCGGCCAUAUCGAGUGCAGCUUUCUUCGAUCGGGACGAGGGCGGCAACCAGGCUGGUGGGGACGGCUCUCUGGACAGCGUCGCUGCAGACCUACUGGGAGGGCUCUCCGUGGGGGCUGUGGCGGAGCAGACAGGGCAAGCGCUGUCAUCAUUUGCCUCCAGCAUCCUUGCUGACUUGCAGGACCGGAUUCGAUAG